UCGCAUCAAAGCCAUCCUCUAAUUUCUAUAGUUUAGUCACAGACCGUAUUUUAGAUCGUGAAAUGUUUUCUGAAUACAAUAUAACGAUCACAGCUACAGAUGAAGGAUCUCCAUCUUUAUCUACAAAUAAAACACUGAGGCUUAAAAUAUCGGAUGUGAACGACAACGCCCCUGUGUUCCAGCGUCACUCAUACACCGCUUAUGUGAUGGAAAAUAAUUCACCUGGAGUUUCUAUAUUUUCAGUAACAGCUACAGACAGAGACUCUGCUAAUAAUGCGCGCAUUUCUUAUUUUUUAGAAGAUCUUUCUGUAAACGGAGUUUCUGCUUCGUCUUAUAUUUCUGUUAACGCAGAGAGCGGGGAGAUUCUUGCUAUUCGAUCUUUUGAUUUCGAGCAAACAAAAGAGUUCAACAUUCGCGUAAAAGCGCAGGACGGAGGAAACCCGCUCAGUAGCAACGUGAGUGUGAAAAUGAUUAUUCAGGACCAGAAUGACAAGCCUCAGAUUCUGUAUCCAGUACAAACUGGUGGCUCUGUGGUGGCUGAAAUGGUGCCUCGUUCAGCAGAUGUGGGAUAUCUGGUCACUAAAGUGGUGGCUGUGGAUGUGGACUCUGGACAGAAUGCCUGGCUCUCAUAUAAACUACACAAAGCGACAGACAGGGCGCUGUUUGAAGUGGGCUUACAGAAUGGAGAAAUCAGAACUGUGCGCCAAGUCACUGAUAAAGAUGCUGUGAAACAGAAGCUCACUGUUGUAGUGGAGGACAACGGACAGCCUUCUCGUUCAGCUACAGUCAAUGUUAACGUGGUGGUGGCGGACACUUUCCCUGAAGUGCUCUCCGAGUUCACUGACUUUACGCACGACAAGGAAUAUAACGAGAACCUGACUUUAUAUCUAGUCCUGGCCUUGGCUGUAGUUUCAUUUCUCUUCAUCGUGUCCAUCAUAGCUAUAGUGUCAGUGAAAUGCUACAGAUGGAGACGUGAGCGGAUGUUUUAUAAAUCCGGUGCCAAUCUGCCAGUUAUUCCUUAUUAUCCACCUCUUUACGCAGAUGUAGGAGGAACAGGAACUUUACAGCAUUUGUACAAUUAUGACGCUUACAGAACACUGACUCUAGAAAAGUGA